GCCGUGAGACGCGGGCAGGGAGAGUGCUGGAAGGCCCGGGGAUUUCCAUCUUUCUUGAAGGCAAGAAAACUACCCUUUGCCUUCCAGUCCCUUAAAAGCCCACCUGCACAGCCAUUGUAUUUAAGGGAAAGUGGACGAUGAGAAGCCACACGGGCGCCAUGUUUGAUACGGUCAAAGGACGCCGCCCUUAAGGGCAGACAGAAUUGAAGCCACGGUGUCGCCAUAUUUUCUGGAGGCACCUUCCGGGUCCCUUAACUCUGGUGUCUGUCCAAGCUGCCAUGAAGUGAAUAAACACCGAGGAGGUCUAUUUGUCCCCAUCAGAAUCCCGAAUCCCAGCCCUGCUACUUCGGUUCCCUUGGCUGCGUACGGAAGCCGAGGCUGGGCGGGGCCUCCGGCUCGGGAGCCCUUCUUGUGGACGACGAGAGCUGAGGCCGGGCGCGGGGGCCAGGCGGCCGCUUCUCGGGGCUGGGAGGCCCCAUGGCGCCGCCCCCGGCCCCACUCCUGGUGCUGAGACCGGGGGAGACCGGGCCCGGUUGCAAGAAGCCCUUGGCCGUGAGGUUCGCGGACGUGGCCGUGUACUUCUCCCCGGAGGAGUGGGGGUGUCUGCUGCCCGCGCAGAGAGCCCUGUACCGGGACGUGAUGCGGGAGACCUACGGCCACCUGGGCGCGCUCGGAGCUACCCCCAACAAAAGGGAAGAGGAAUCUGAAGCAGGACUAGGAGCCCAAGCACCGAAAAAGGCUCCUGGGAAGGAGAAGCCUGAGGAGCUGGUUAAACACAACCCUGGCACGACCGUCAGCAAAACCUCAGCCAGAGCACAGCCACCCAAACAAGCUGCCUGGGACCAGGGUGCGGGUCCUCAGCCCCCGGCCCCCCUACCGAGUGCGGAUGCGCAGGCCAGCCAGCGGCGCCACGUGUGUGCAGACUGCGGCCGCCGCUUCACCUACCCCUCGCUGCUGGUCAGCCACCGGCGCAUGCACUCGGGUGAGCGGCCGUUCCCCUGCCCUGAGUGUGGCAUGCGCUUCAAGAGGAAGUUCGCCGUGGAAGCCCACCAGUGGAUCCACCGCUCCUGCUCUGGGGGGCGGCGGGGCCGGAGGCCCGGGAUCCGGGCUGUGCCUCGGGCCCCAGUCCGAGGUGACCGGGACCCUCCGGUGCUAUUCCGGCACUACCCAGACAUCUUCGAGGAGUGCGGGUGAGCGGCUUCCGCUGGCAGGGUUUGAGCCUGACCUCGGCGCUGAGGACUCACUGGGUCCCGAGGGAGGCUCCUGAGUCAGGGCUUUGGGACCCACAGUUCAUCCCUUGGACUUUCCUCAAGGAUCCCUCAACUUUCCAAGCUUGUAAAAAGAGAAGUGCCUGUAAAGAUUCAAAUAGAUUAAACUCGACACUCCUCUCCCCCGAUCUUUCUAAAAAAAAGAAAAUGAAGAGAGUGAGAUGCUGGACUUUUCUCAAAGUGUUAUCUCAGUGGCAGGUGCGACUAAGAUCAAAACUGUCUACAGAAAUCCCCCCUACUCAUCUGCAGCAGAGGUAAAUGCCGAGGGGGACUACGGCUGAGGAGGAGGUCUCAGUUGGAGGGCCUGGUCAAGCCCUAGGUAACUGAACCAAUAGGAGGCCCAGGCGGUGAAGUGGGUGGAAAAUGUACAGAAGCACCAGAUGCAGACCUCAUCUCUGUAGCUUGCUCUCUAGGCACAGCUGGUUAGUCACCCACCCUCCCUGAGCCUCAGCUCCCUCAUCUGUAAAAUGAGGAUCAGUAAUAUCUACCUCAAAGGGUUACUGUGAAGACUGACAUUGUAACAAGAUAAUAUGUGUGGCAGAGUAAAUGUGCAAUAAACAUUUGUUGAAAGAGUGAAAA